CAUUGACAACAAUAACAAAACAAUUGUUAAAAACAUGAUAAAUAUGUAAAUAUUAAGUUACUUAUUGAUCAUUUAAUUACCUCCACCUUAAUGCUUAAGAUUAGAAACGUGAUAAGGAGAAGGUGCUUAUUUAGUGUAAGAUAUUUUAGGCCAUAUCAAAACUCAUGUAAUCGGUCUUAUAUCCCCACCACAGUUUUAUCACGUAUUGAUAUUUUUUCAAACCAUUCAAAGAUAAAAUUGCCUUUCAUUAUAUCAUCGAACAUGGCAGCGACGUGGUCUAUGGGCCCUGGCACUCUUGAAGUGCCGCUAUCUUUGUUCGCAACAAACCGAGAAAGAUUAGCAAAUAAACUCAAAAGUGGACAAAUAGUGGUUUUGCAAGGAGGUGAAGAUGUGAACCACUAUGAUACUGAUGUACAAUAUGUAUUUAGACAGGAAGCCUAUUUUACAUGGGUUUGUGGAGUUAGAGAACCCGGUUGUUAUUUUGCCCUAGAUGUUAGUACAGGCAAGUCUUACCUCUUUGUGCCCAGACUUCCUGAGGAGUAUGAAGUCUGGAUGGGCAAACUGCAUGCCUGUAGUGACUUCAAAAACAUAUAUGCAGUUGAUGAAGUCUAUUAUGUUGAUGAGAUAAAAGAUGUACUCAAAAGUUUGAUGCCAGAAACAUUGCUGACAUUGUCUGGCCCAAACACGGACAGUGGCUUGACAGCCCGAGAAGCCAUUUUUAAUGGAAUUGAUGAGUUCAAUGUGGAUAAUGAAUCCUUAUUUCCCAUUAUCGCAGAAUUGCGCGUUAUCAAAACGCCAGAGGAAAUUGCUGUAAUGCGAUAUGUAUGCAAAGUCUCAUCUGACGCACACAAACAGGUGAUGUUGUACGCGAAGCCAGGUCGAAUGGAAUACCAAUGCGAGUCUAUAUUUCUGGAUCAUUGUUACCGUGUUGGCGGGUGCCGACAUGUUUCGUACACUUGCAUAUGCGGAUCGGGGCACAACGCCGCGACACUUCACUACGGCCACGCCGGGACUCCUAACAGCAAGAUUAUCGUAGACGGCGACAUAUGUUUAUUCGACAUGGGCGGCAACUACGCCGGCUACGCCGCCGACAUCACCUGCUCUUUCCCGGCUAACGGGAAAUUUACGGAGGAUCAAAAAUUGAUCUAUGAAGCUGUGCUCUUUGCCAGAGAUGCCGUUAUAAGAGAAGCGAAACCCGGUGUGUUUUGGCACGAAAUGCACCUGACUGCAAACCGCGCUAUGCUCGCCCAUCUAAAGAGGGGAGGCCUGCUGCAAGGAGAUAUUGAAGAAAUGAUUCGGAACGGAGUUAAUGGUAUCCUACAACCUCACGGUUUAGGCCAUUUGUUAGGACUGGACGUGCACGAUGUGGGAGGAUAUCUGCCUAACUGUCCUCCGAGGAUGACUGGCCCUCUGGCCAAACUACGCACAGCCAGACAACUCUUAGCUGGAAUGGUACUGACUAUCGAGCCGGGCUGCUAUUUUAUACCAAGAUUAUUGGAUUCGGCCCGAAACAACCCGGAGCAGUCUCGUUUCUUCAACUGGCACAGAGUAGAACGUUUCAUUGGCUUCGGCGGAGUACGGAUUGAAGACGAUGUUCUUAUAACGGACGACGGCGUUGAGAAUUUGACGUUUGUUCCUCGCACCGUUCAAGAAAUUGAAGAAUUUAUGUCCAACGGAUCCAAUUUUAAUAAAGAACUUAAAUUCAAUGUUUAAAAGGACCAAAGUUGCAUAUCAUUUCAAUUACGAUAUUUUCUCAAACAUAAAUGCAGAAUGACACAGAACUAUCAAAACUGUACUAUUUACUCUGAUAAAGUUGGCAAAAUGGAAUCUAAAAAACUUUAACAAGAACGGACUUUAGUUGAAAAAUAACGCUACGAAAAUAAAACUUAUUGUUGAGUCAGACACCAAAGCGCUCUAAGGUUACCUUAAGUUAUCUAAUAAAAAACUAUUUAUUUAAAUUAAUAUUUUAUUUGAAUAUUAUAUACUUUAUUUGAUAAUAAGGAAAAGCCAAUCCAUUUUUUUUCUCUAUAUUCACUAAAAAACUAAAAGUGUAUAUUUUUCAUGUACUUUUAAGCUACUGUAUUACAACAAUCUUUCUCUAUAAAGAAAAAAGGCCGCAACCAAACAUUAAAGGCGAAUUUACAUUACGAAAUUAGUGGCGUGAAAUUAAUUUCGUGACAU